AUGACCACUGUACUUUCUAAUGGAACUAUGUCAGUAGAUAAUGUCUAUGCUCAAUGUAUGUUUUUAGCUGUACCCAUUAAUUGGAAUGAUAUUUCUAAUCUAACAACGUGUACAGAAACACUUUCAAUAUUCGUCAAACGAUAUUUUAUAUACGGAACUGAAAAUACAACUCAUCAUUUAUGGCAAAUACCAGAUGGUGGUGGUAUACUAAUACCUACUUUGGAGCAAGAAGCUGUUCUUGUGGUUAAUACACUUAACGGUUUAGUAUCGAUAUAUGCAACUGACAAACAUGAUGUUGGCAAUAGGGGUGGCACAUUUACUUUACUUGAAAAAGUAAAUCAGUAAAGUAACUUAAAUAAAAUAUUUACUAUUUACUUUUGCAAAGUAAAUAUAUUUGCUAGUAAAUAAAAUAAAAUUUGGCUUAAUUCCAUCAGGCUACACAUCGAGCAACAUAUAUACUGCACAAUCAACUUUGAAUUAGUUAAAAUACGUAUAUUCGAAACAAAUAUGAUUAGAUUUUCUGCUGAUAAUCCAACUUUCAGUGGAAAGGGUGUUGGUGCUUACAUUUUAUAGUGAGUUAAAUUCUUUACUGCAAAUGGUUAUUGUCCAAUAAUUCGUUAUUCGAUGAACUAUGACNAUCAUUAUCAAUUUUGAUAACUUUAUUAAACGUUUUCUAUGUGAUUCGUUUUUGCUAUUCUACAUUUUAUAUUCCUGUAACAGACUCAACUUAUUUGUACGAAGCAAUUUACAUAAUAACGGAUUGAACUCAUUCAGCAAGGAGUAGAAGUAUACGGUUUAUAUUUUAUGAUUGAUAUUCAUAUUACUGAAGUACUUAUCAUAACUUGCCUAGUAAUUAUGAGAAAUCAAAUAUCUACAUUCUAAUAAUAUUAUAAAUAGUAAGUAAUGAUUUAACUAAAAUAUUUUAUUUUCUUGAUAUUACUACUCGAGCACAGUCGCUUUUUAAUAUAAUCGAGCCCUAUGUGUUUCAUCAUCAAUAUGAAUCAACAAUAUUAUUUCUGCUGAGGUAGAUGACAAACAAUCUGAGAAUUUGAUUAUAGGUAUCAGUUUUGUCGAUAAUUUGAAUCUAUCUAAUAGAUACACUCAACUGCGAGCAGCCUCUUAGAUAAUGAAAAGAAAACUAAUAACUGAAAUAUCCUUGAUGAAACUAUACGAAAUAUUUCCUUUUGAUUCUUAUUAAUCAUUUUAUUUGCUAUCGUUAAAUAAUAAAGUGAACUAUCUUUACUAGGAAUAAUUGCCAGAUGAAUCAACAAAAUAGUGUGUUUUUGAUAUAUCAAAACAUGAUUGGUGCAAUUCAGGCUUGCCAAACCUCCUGAUUUGACCAGGAGACUCCUGAUUUAUG